AUGGCUGAUGGAGUUAUCUGGCAGUUAGUCAAAAAUGGAUUCUGCACGUAUCGUCUCAGUUCUGACACUGUAAACUUCUGUUCUAACAAGUACAAUGCCACUGGAUUAUGUAACAAGAGCAGUUGUCCUCUGAGCAAUAGCAAUUAUUCUACCGUAAUCGAAGAUAUAGGAAAUCUUUAUUUGUGUUUAAAGACGGUGGAACGAUCGCACACGCCAGUCAAGCAAUGGCAACGAAUAAAACUUUCGAAUGACCUAAAAGAGGCAAUCGAUGAAAUUAAUGAACAUACCAAAGUAGGCUAUCCUGCAUAUCAAACCUCAAGGUGCAAGUCCAGGCUAAAGAGGCUCAGGGAAGUCAUUAAGCGCUCAAGAGAUAUAGCUAAGACUAAAAGAUCUGUUACAGUGCCAAUAAAAAAGAAAACUGAAAGAAGAGAGGCGAUAAGAGAAACUAAAGCAACAAAAGCGGCAGUUAUUGACGUAAACAUAGAACAGGAACUGCUAAAACGAUUACACCAGGGUACUUAUGGAAGUUUGUACAACUUUGAAGAACAAGAAAUAAUACCACAGAAAAAUAUUGAAAUGGUUGAUAAUGACAUAGCUUCUCUUGCAAAAUCUAGGAUAUCCACCCGAUGUUCUAGAUCAAAUUUGAUUGAAUAUGAGGAUAUCAUUGAAAAUUAA